AUGCAAACUUCAACUCUAAAGGCCGGCAUUGCCAAUUUCGACGAGUACUGGAAAAAGCGAGCUGAAGAGGCCAAGGAGGCUUCCCGCGAGGCCUACGAACCAAAUCCGGAGAAAGUCGCUAAACAUUUCAACGAUGAAGUGCACAAGUCAUUGGAAGGUGGCAAUAGCACAAGAAGGAACCUAGGAAAAUACAAAGGGCCAUGCCUAGCAACAAAUCCUAUCGACCGAUGCUGGAGAUGUGAUAAAAACUGGGCUAAAAACCGCAAGAAGCUGGGAGGUUGUGCUCUAGGGUUUGGACGCAAAACCAUAGGAGGCAAGAAUGGAAAAUACUACCGGGUAACAGACCCGUCAGACAAUGACAUGGUGAAUCCUAAGCCAGGAACACUGCGCUAUGGAGUGAUUCAGGACAAACCGCUUUGGAUUAUAUUUGCUCAUGAUAUGGUUAUUAGGCUAAGUGAAGAGCUAAUGGUGGCAUCAAAUAAGACAAUUGAUGGGCGCGGUGUUAAUGUGCACAUUUACAAUGGCGCUCAAAUUACUCUACAGUUUGUGAAAAAUGUGAUCAUCCAUGGGAUCCACAUUCAUGAUGCUAAAGCUGGAAAUGGUGGGAUGAUUAGGGACUCGGUGGAUCAUUAUGGCUUUCGUUCUCGGAGCGAUGGAGAUGGGAUUUCAAUAUUUGGUUCAACUGAUAUUUGGAUUGAUCAUAUCUCCUUGUCUAAUUGCGAAGAUGGCCUCAUAGAUGCCGUAAUGGGAUCCAAUGCCAUCACCAUAUCUAAUUGCCACUUCACCAAACAUAAUGAUGUAAUGUUGUUUGGUGCAAGCGAUGGUUAUUCUGGCGAUUCAGUGAUGCAAAUAACUGUUGCUUUCAACCACUUUGGUCGUGGAUUAGUGCAAAGAAUGCCGAGGGUCCGAUGGGGGUUUGCGCACGUUGUAAACAAUGACUAUACUCACUGGGAAAUGUAUGCUAUUGGUGGUAGCCAACAUCCUACUAUCAUUAGCCAGGGUAACCGGUUUAUUGCUCCUCCUGAUCUAGCAUGCAAAGAGGUGACCAAGAGGGACUAUGCAGUUGAAAGUGUGUGGAAGUCCUGGAAUUGGAGAUCAGAGGGGGAUUUGAUGCUCAACGGAGCCUUCUUUGUUCAAUCUGGUAAUGCAAUCAAGACAAUGAACAAACAGGGUGUGAUUAAUGCAAUGCCUGGAAGACAUGUGAGCAGGCUCACACGCUUUUCGGGUGCUCUCGAUUGCGUUAGAGGUAGACCUUGUUAA